AUGACGACUGCAACACCAACUGACCAGGCAAUACCUUCCCACUACACAGCCUCGCAGACCGCCCUGCUCCUCCUUGAUCUCCACACCAUGGCCGUCGAGAAGGGACCCAGAGAAAGCGGUCCGCUGGCCCUGGCUGUCGCGGCAGAUACUAGGCGCUGGGCCAAAGCCCGAGCCAUGCACAUUAUCCACUGUCUGCUGGACACCUCCUCAGCACCCUUUGCAACCGCCAACGACGCCGCGCACUUACCCCACGCAAUAUUCAUCCUGCAGACACCCGCAGGCGACGAAGCGGCAGUGCUCCGCGAGAAUGCCGCAGCCGAACCCACACUCACGCGCCGCGUGAGCUACGUGUCUGCGCUCAAGUCGCCCGGUUUACUAGCGUAUCUAAAGGAGCAAGGAAUCACGAACUUGGUGCUAGCGGGUCUGAAUACCUCGGGCUGUGUGCUGCGUACGGCGUUCGCGGCGUGUGACGCAGAGUUUGUGGUGACUGUGCUGCGGGAUGCGUGUGCGGAUCCGCAGAUGGAUGUGCAUGAGACGCUCGUGCGUAAGGUGCUGCCGCAUCGGGGGUAUGUAUUUUCGGCGAGCGAGUUCCGUGAGGGGUGGGUGGAGGGUACGCUGGGGAGGUGA